UCGCUGGGUGGGAUUGGCUCCAGCAUGGCCUCGGACCCCAUUUUGGGGAGCUGCACCUCGGUGAACACCGUCUGUUCAGACAGCGACCGCCCGGUCAGCCUCAGCUCCUCCGCCUCCUCCGCCUCCCUGCAGGACAGCCAAAGCACCUUCGGCAGCAGCGGCGGGCUGGGGGGCUGCCCCGCCUCAUACCCGCACCAGAACGGCAGCGACAUUAGCCUGGACCUCACGCCGCUUGCCCUUCUGGAUGGUCCAGGAGAAUCCCAGAGGGGGUCCAAGCACUGCGGCUGGACUACGAAUCCCAGCAGGAACAAAGAGCGCCGGGCUAAGCUCUCCCAUCUGGACCGAGUAGUGCUAGAAAUCGUCGAAACGGAACAGGCCUAUGUGAGGGACCUCCGGAGCAUCGUGGAGGACUACCUGGGAUGCAUCAUAGACUGUGGGCAGCUGCCACUCAGACCCGAGCAGGUCAAUGCUCUAUUCUGCAACAUUGAGGACAUUUAUGAGUUCAACAGUGAACUGCUGGAAGAUCUGGAGAGAAACACCAGUGCUUGCGCCGUGGCAGAAUGCUUCGUUCAAAGAAGUGAAGAAUUUGAUAUCUACACCUUGUACUGCAUGAACUACCCCAACUCCGUCUCUGUGCUGCGGGAAUGCAUGGAGACCGACUCCCUGGCCAAGUUCUUCCGGGAGAGGCAAGCGACGCUCUCGCACGUGCUGCCGUUGGAGACCUACCUGUUGAAACCAGUCCAGAGGAUCUUGAAGUACCAUCUCCUCCUGCAGGAACUAGCAAAACAUUAUGAUAAGAGCAGCCCUGGUUACGAGGCCGUUGAAGAGGCCAGCAUCACCAUGACCGCGGUAGCUUGGUACAUCAACGACAUGAAACGCAAGCAGGAGCACGCCACUCGGCUGAAGGAGAUCCAGGGGUUGCUGGUGGGCUGGACGGGCCCAGAGCUCGGGGUAUUUGGAGAACUGGUUCUGGAGGGGCAGUUCCGGGUGCCGCGGGCCCGCAAGGAGCGCGUCUUCUUUCUCCUAAGCAAGGUGAUCCUGAUUGCAAAGCGGCGCGGCGAAGCCUUCAUCUACAAGAGCCACAUCUUUUGCUGCAACCUGGCCCUGCAGGAGAACACGAAGGACCCACUGAGCUUCCGGAUCUCUGACUUGUCCAUACCCAAACAGCAGCACCUGGUCCAGGUGAAAAACCAAGAAGAGAAACGGCUGUGGAUUCACUACCUGAAGCGCUUAAUAGUGGAGAAUCACCCAGCAUCCAUUCCUCAGAAGGCGAAGCAAGUCCUGCUGGAAAACAGCUUCCAGAGUUCCCCCGAGGUCUCCUUUGACUCCCCAAAGAAGCCCCUGCCGUCCCCUCAGCUGGACGAGUCUAAAGGUUGUGUUCGUGGCAGGCGACAGUCAGAGCCUCCUGAAUACAUGUAUAGCCCGGAGAGAGCCCGGCGAAGCUGCCCCAUCCUACUGCUGGAGAAGAGUGGAUCUUACCGCCGUGGCCGCAGACAGUCUGAACCAGCCAAGGAGUCUGAGGGGUCGUUUCAGCAGGCGAACAUGACCGAGUUAAAGCACGCCGACAGCGACGGAGAGCUCUUCCCAGCCGCCGAGUCCCUCUGUCCUUCCGGCAGCUCCUGCACUCUGGCCUCCAGCGUGGUGGAAGCUGAGCCGGGAGAUUCUGACCCGGAGGAAGGGGAGGUGGAAUUCUCUCUGCCGGAAGAGCCCGUUCCCACCAAUUUGUCCAUUACUGAGGAGAUCCUGGAACUGCUCAGCCAGCGAGGCCUGGACAAGGAAACGGGGGCAAAGGGGACUUUCUUGGGACCAGCGAGCGUGGAGGGGGCCAGCCUGGGUGCACAGGAUCAGCUGUUACAAAAUGAUGCCCUAGAAGAACUGGAGGAGGAGGAGGAAGAGGAACCGAACUUGCAGGAGGAUGUACCCUUUGAGCCCACCCUUCCUUCCUCCCAGAGCAACUCCCUCCAGGAACAGCCCCCUCCCAAGCUUAGCCACUCCUUCACCAGUGACUCCUCAGAAGGAGAGGAGCAGCAGCGGGAAGAGGCCAGCAGCCCGUCUCCUCUUCACGUCCUGGAGGACUUGGCUGCAGAGGAAGUCUUCGGUAAGCAAGAAGAUGCCAACGGUGUUGUCUGCUCUGAGCAGGAGGCAACGGAUGGGGAGUGCCUGUCGGCGGGGGAUGGAGAUGGAUCUUGCCAGUCAGCCUCCUGCCCUCAAAGCUCAUUGGUGGGCUUGGACCAAGAGGAGGAGAGGAUCCAGACGGAGGGUGGGGCCAAGCGGGAGUCAUCACUGAGCAAGGACGAUUGGCUGCUGAUUGAGAAGAUCAAGAGUUAUUAUGAGGGAGCAGAGGCACUGGCUAAGGUGCCCGGGCAGGGCAAGAAGGAUUGCGCCCCUUCUGUGCCCGCCGGCAUGGUGCGGGAGUCCAUCCUUCGAUUCAAUAGCAUCUUAAGGCAAAAUGAUGCCCAGGAUGGGGGAAUGGGCAGGGCCAAGUCCAGAAAGCCCUGCCCACCCCCCAGCACCUCCAGCCACGAUCAUUCCAGCAGAAGCCGGAGCCAGUCCUGUAGCACCCAAUUGCCUUCCUGCCAGGAGGGGCGGGGCCAGCUGGCCACAAGCCCGGAACGUUCCAAGAGGGAGCGGAGCCAGUCUGAUGGCACCCAAUCAACAGGUGGACCUGAGCUCUCCCGUAGCGGAGAGGCCCGUUUGUUGCAUACCUGCUGUAAGAAUUCUGAGAAGGGGUGGUGCUCGUCCCUGGACAUCCAAUCAAAUGCCAUCCGAAGCAAUUCUGGCCAGGAAAGGAACCACCAGGGGUCCACAUGUGGGUGUGGCCUAGAGGAGGAGGUGGAGCCUGUAGAGCCUGAGUUCAAGUCCUGCGCAGAGAUACGGAGGGCUUGGCAGGAGAAAGAACUGAGCAUCCUGGGCACCCCAAAGAAAAGUGCCAAAAUGGGCGGUAGGGAAUUGUAUUGCCCCGCAGAGACUCUGUUGUAUGCAGAACCCUUGUGCAUUGUGGAGGAUUCCGACUUGGAGAGCUCCCCGUCCGUUCCAAACAGAAAACCAGAGCGUGAAGCUCCCUGUGGAGCUACAGAGAGAAGGCCUGCAGUGUCUGCAGUUCCUGAUGGCUCUUCCAGCUACCUCCCAUCGUUGGACCUCUAUGAGAACAGUGGGGACCCGUGUCUCCUGGAGAACUCGGAACGGAUCAUCAGCAAAGUCCACGCCUUGGCUAAGAUGUACAGCGAGAAGAUUAACAGGUUGAAAGCUCAAAGGGGGCUGGAGAAGCCAAGGGCACGGCCCUGGGCCUCCCCAAGGAGGGCUGCUGGCAGGAGCCUAGUCGGGGUGCAAGACGGCGGGCGGCCAGGAGGCAGCAUCCCCCACUGUGAGCCACGAAUCUACGGCCACGUCCUCAUCCAUGAAUCUCUCCAGCAUGUGAUUGGUGUCCAAGAGAAUAUUCCGCUUGUGGCUGCCACCCGGGGAACUGUGGUCGAUCUGCAUAGCGAGAGGCCCCACCCGCUCCAUUCUCCAGAUCUCUUGGCUCCAUUGAGGCAGGCGUUGCAGGACCCCGAUUCCCACGCAUGGUGCCUUCCCUCAAAUGCUUUGCCGCACGUUGGCUGUGUGGAGAUUCCCACAACGGAUGAAUCCAGAGGAUGCCCAGGAGCACAUUCCCCUUCUCCUGCAUGCAACCUGGAACCUGGGGUCCCAGCAGGCCCCACCAAAGAGGACUCUGAUGUGGGGGGUGGUACUCCUCCAUACCCCACAUCCCCAGGCCAGGCAACACUCGGAUUUGCAAAUGUGGAGGUCUUUGCAGAUACAUCAGAGCCAGUCAAAGAGAAGAGGGAGACUGAACAGCCAUUUUGGGCUCCCGUGAUCCUUUCGGGGGUCUCCGUGGAAACCGGGAAGCCCAGCGUUUCCCUAGCACAGCAGAGCCGCAGCAACCUGAAGGUAGAAGAUCCUACUGUCUUUUCUGGCCCUGCAGAGGAGCUGGAGCCCACAUUAUCUGAUUCCUCAACUGUAUGCACGGGAGGGCAAAACUCGCCACAGAGGCAGGAAUUGGGUCAUUCCCUCCUGGGUGCUGAGGCCAGGCAAGCAUCCCAAAUUGUUUUGGAGGAAAGGGAACCCAGCCCUUCCCCGGAGAUGGCUGAGCACAAAGGGGAUGGACAGAUGUUGGAUAUGAGCAAGGAACCCUGCAGAACAGAGUCAGGGACCUGCUCCCAAGAAACCCCGAAUCCCACCCUAGUCCCAGAGGCUUCCAAAGUCACAAUUCCCCUACCGCUUCCCUCCUCUGGAAUUGUGGAGGCCUCAUUGCCUAGUAACCUCUUGCGCCUGUUACCUCCCAAAGUGGGAACACCCAUCCGGGAGUCCCCUCCCCCAAGUCGUGGUGAUUCUCAGGCUGUGCUGGAGUCUCCAGUCUCUCGCCAAGAGCAGCCUCCCUCCACACCUCUUCCAAAGCUGCUCCCCCCUUCCCCGGUCCGUGGAUGCCUCUCCUCCAGCGCCGCUGCCAUCUCCAGGUACAUUGCCGCUUCCUGCAUUAGUCAGAGCUUGGCCAGGAAAAAUGGUGCCCCUCAGCAUGAAGAGUUGCAAACAUCCCCUUGCCGGCCUCCCCCUUCCAGCUGGGCCCUGACGAGACCCCCAGCAAACCCUUUGGCUCUGCUCCCUAAAGGAGCCCCCAAAGCCCCAGGGGGCUUGGGCAAAGCAGAGGCCGUGUUGCCACGAGACACGUCUCCCCGCUGCUUCACCCCCGGGCCUUUGUCUCCUUCUCGCCAAAGGGCCUGGUCGGCAGCAGUCCCGGCCUUUGAACACCGUACCCUGUUCUGUUCUGCCUCGGAGCCCAACUCCCGAGUCCAGUCGCCCUCCCCCAUGAAGUCCAGGGUCUGCUCCCCGCCUCCAGCCGGGACUCAGGCAUGCACUUUCACCCCUCUGUGCGCCCAUCCUGCUGGACAGCCGCCUACCCACAUUGUGUCCCCGGUGCCACAAACAUUGAGCCCUGCUCCAGGGCCAACCGUUUUACCUCAGUGUGGCUGGAGGCCUCGAGGGAAUAGCCUACCCAGCAGCGGGCUGACCGAGAGCCCAGCUGCAAAUGGGGACCAGGCGUCUUCAUGGUGUGCUGUGGGGCCAACCUCUAACCACCUUAGUCCACCAACGGGGGCUCACCUCAGUUCUCAUGAACUUGGCACCAUCAAGUGGCCAAAUGUGCUGGGUCUGCGUUCCAAGUAUGUGAGCGCCGAACGUAGGCCAAGCCUCCAACAGAGGGAACUUGAGGGGGAAGGAUGUCCCAAAUUGGACCCCCCUGUAACCACAGACGUGGCUCGAUGUGCAGAGAAGAGCCACCAAAGGGCCUGCUAUUCCACUACAGUCAACAUCCAGAUUGGUGGCAGUGGUAGGAUAGCCUCUUUUAGCAAUGCCCAGGUCAGCCUGACCCAUCCACUUCUGGGCACGCCGGAGCAGCCAAGUAUCAGGAAGGUCAACGGCAAUGCCUUGGAGACGCCACAGAAAACGUGAACUUGAGGCAGCGAUGGCUCCAAAGAGCAGCUGGAUCUCCUUCCAGUUCUGGGACCAAACCUAACACUGCACUCGAGGAAGGCUGGAAGUCAGCACGGUUGGGGCAGGGGGGCGAUCACAGGAGAUGAAGGAUGCGGGAUUGUCCAGGUUGGCACUUGGCAGGAGCUCCGCUUCAAGAUGGAGGCAGCAGAGCGAGAGAGAGACAAUUUGUUUCUAGUAUGCCCUGGGAGAGGCCAUUUCUCCCUCUGGCCCCACCCAAACCUGACCUUUCUCGGCAUCGUUCUCCAAUGGCAAUGGUAGUUAGUAGACCAGGCGCCUACUGGUUGAAGGGAGUCUUGACUUGUUCUGGGGGAGGGCAGGGCAGGGGGAGGGGGAGGGCUAAUAAGGG